AUGUCUGUCGCCGCACCACUCUCUCCCGUCUUCAACAUGGCCGACCAAGCCCAUGUACAUUGUUGCGCUACCUGCAAGUCGGCCAUGUCCGAUGACCCCUUUGGCCUCCUGGUAAAAGACAUCCGCCAAUACCUUGGUCCAUCAAGUGGCAUCGAUUCAGCCCACGUCGACCCGGACCACAUCGAGGCUCUGAUGGCAAAAUAUACUUCGAAUCCGAGGCACUGGGAGCGCUAUGCUCGUGCAGACAAGAGCAGGGCUUACACAAGGAACAUUGUCGACAACGUCAACGGCAAGGCGAACCUCAUCCUCAUCGUCUGGAAUCCUGGCAAAGGCAGCUUGAUUCACGAUCAUGCUGAUGCCCACUGCGUCAUGAAGAUUCUCAAGGGAAAUCUUACAGAGACCAUCUACCAUAAGCCCGAGAGUGGAGACACCAGCGUCCAUCCUCUGCACGUCAAGCAGGAGACUGUCUACCAUCCUAAUGACGUCACAUACAUCUCCGACCAGAUUGGCCUCCAUCGCGUCUUCAACCCGGAUCCUGUCCAGCCUGCCAUGUCGCUACACUUAUACACCCCUCCCAACGCCGCCGAGUUCGGCUUCCACGUCUACGAUGAGCGGACCAGCAAGAGCUCCUUCGUGCCACCUCAGUACUGA